UAAUCCCCCUGAUUGUCUCAGUCAGCAACCACCGCAUACCGGCCAGUUUCUGGAAAAAGAAAGAGCAGCUAGCACAACACACCAUCCUGCUGCUGGCUUCAUCCAUUCUUAUACCCUCCUCACCCAACGCGAAAGCAAAUGGAGAACAGCUUGUUGCUGUUAGCAUCGUUGCAGUUGCAGAACCAGAGGGAGAAGGAGGAGGAGCAGGAGGAAGCAGAAGGAAGGCGAGGAGGAGGAAGCAGCUGAGCCGGAGGUAGAAGAAGCAUGGAUUGCUGCAUCUGCAGUCCCAUGGCCACCAUGUACAGGCUUCCGAGGAACGCCAUCUGUGCUCCCUGCUAUGAAGGUGCCAAGGCCAUCAUCGGCUUCCUGCUGAACAAGGAUGAGCAAGAAGCAGAUGGCGACGACCAUGGUUCUGUCAAGUCCCUCGGGUCGUCCAUGAAGCCUAACAGCUCAACCAUGGGGAUGAGACAUGCAUGGGAGCUGGUGAAGAAGGAGAUGAGAAGCAGGGAGGAGACCAGCCAGAGAGCUGCCUUCCUCCAGCAAGGCUUGGCGCUGGCGUGGAAGGAGGAGCUGCACACCGACAUCGUCGUGAAACCCGGCACUGGGGCCCCAAUUCCAGCCCACAAAGCCAUCCUGGCCGCGAGGUCCGAGGUGUUGCGCCACGUCCUGUCCGGCGACGAGCACUGCAAGGCCGCCGCCGGCGACUCCAUCUCCCUCCCCGAGCUCUCCCACGACGAGCUCUCCCUCCUCCUCGCCUUCCUCUACACCGGCGCCCUCGAGCAGGAGGACCUGCCGGAGCGCCACCUGCACGCGCUGCUCGUGGCGGCCGACAAGUACGACGUCCCGUUCCUGCGGCGGGCCUGCGAGGCGCGGCUGAUGGCGGCGGCCGUGGAGCCCCGGAACGUGCUGCGGACGCUGGAGGUGGCGGACCUGAGCUCGAGCGCCGCGCUCAGGGAGCGCGCCAUGCGCACCGUGAUGGAGCACGCGGCGCAGGUGGUGUUCUCGGCGGAGUACGAGGAGUUCGCCGUCAGGAACGCGGGGCUGUGCGUGGAGAUCACCCGGGCGCUGGUGGCGGCCAACAUGUCGCCGGCGGCGACAACGACGACGACUAAUAAAGCACCGUGCAUAGAGGAUGUUUGAUCAUACUCCUAUGUAGGAAGGUUCUUUUGCAUUAGUUUUUGAGUGACGUACCAUCUGUAAUUUGAUCAUACCCAUCUGUAAUUUCGAUAGAGGAUACCAUUGCAAAUUAACAAGACUUGCAUUGCUGUAGUAGUGUUUCAUUGUGAAACCAUGCUGAGGAACAGAAAACAAACUUCAACUCCAUGAAUUCCUUGGCCAAGCUUGCGCUAGCUCCAAGGACCAAUGGCAAGUUCCGGUUUCCUUCAUGAUCUUCUAAGGCUGCUUUCUUCUUCUCCUUGCCUGAUGACAUAUCUCCCUCUCUCUUCACAUACCCAGAGUCUGUAAUGAGGAUUUCAGGAAGUAGCUCCUCAGUUAUAUACAUAUAUACAAGGACUAAGUAGCAGACAA